UUUCGGUAUUCGAUUUUUUUGGUGAAAUCAAUGCAUAGAAAGUGAAUAUUGCACUUGCUUUGACAUUACGCAAAGCCAAAGGCGGUGGAAAACUAAAAAGUGAAAACUGAACAUUGCCAAAAAAAAAGGAAAGAAAAUAAAAGAAAAACACGCAUUUGGAGAGUUGGUUGCGCUAGCAUUGCGUGUGCCCAUCAUCUGGAUCCGAACCCAAACACGACAGCGGAUUGUUUGGGGCCGCCGAUGCGUCUGUUAAUCCAAACGGCAACGGCAACGGGCGGCGCUGCUGCUGCGGCUCUGCAGUCCCAAUACAAUUACAGUAGCAUGCGUGAGGACGACAUCGAGCUCGCCAUUAAGGUGGUGAUUGUUGGCAAUGGAGGCGUUGGCAAAUCAUCGAUGAUUCAGCGCUACUGCAAGGGUAUAUUCACCAAGGACUAUAAAAAAACGAUUGGCGUCGAUUUUCUGGAGCGUCAGAUCGAGAUCGAUGGCGAAGAUGUGCGCAUCAUGCUGUGGGAUACCGCUGGCCAGGAGGAAUUCGAUUGCAUCACCAAGGCGUAUUAUAGGGGCGCACAGGCCUCGGUGCUGGUCUUCUCGACAACAGAUCGGGCCUCGUUCGAUGCGAUAAAGGAGUGGAAACGGAAGGUGGAGAACGAGUGCAAUGAAAUACCCACAGUGAUAGUCCAGAACAAGAUCGAUCUCAUCGAGCAGGCGGUGGUCAGUGCCGACGAAGUGGAAACGUUGGCCAAAAUGCUCAACUGUCGCCUCAUACGCACCUCCGUUAAGGAGGACAUCAAUGUUGCAUCCGUUUUCCGCUAUUUGGCCACCAAGUGCCAUCAGCUGAUGACGCAAAGCUACGAUCAAGCAACAGCAACAACAACCGGCGACAAUGGCCAACAGCAUUCAACGCAUCCGCCCUACAGCAGCACGCCUACAAUUAGUGCGUUCAGUCCGACCUUCACCAAGUCCAGCAGCGGCACCAUCGUCCUCCGUCCGGCCAAAAAGGGUAGCGGUUCCAGUGCAGCGCGAAAGCGCAAAUUUGUGCUCAAAAAGUGUGGAAUAUUGUGAACGGAAUGGGAUGGUGGGUGGAGAAGAAGGAGGAGGGGUUUUUGG